GUUUUGACAGAGUUACGAGUGAUGGUGGUGAGAGUGGACAACCGCACUGAGCUCCUCACUCACAUACUACUGGGAAGAGUACAAGACCUCUCGCACACGCUCAAAUCUCACCUCCAGCACCACUCUAACCUAACUCAGGAGUUGAGUAUGAUGGCGACAGUGUGGAGGAGUUGACCAGGAGCUGGAGCACACACCUGCAGCACGAGCAGGCCGCGCUCAUGAGAGAAAACGUCACACUCGUCUUCCUGAAGAAGAUCAACAACCUGGAGAAGGAGAUCGAGGCUCUGGAGAGCAAUAACGCCUUGAAAACCGCAGAACUUCAGCUACUGAAGGAAGAGAACCAGCUGGUGAAGACCGAAAUUCUGCAGGUUGAGGAGGAUAAUAUUAAAGUGAAGAAGGAGAUACGGCAAGUGGAGGAGGAGAGACGAAACGUGCAGGAAGAAAGGCGGAAGGUAGAGGCGGAGAAGAGGACAGUGGAAGAGGAGAAGAGGGAGACAGAGCAGGAGAACCGCAGUCUAAGGGCCGAGAUUCGCCAAGUGGAGCAGAACGCUUGGGAAGUUCAGAAAAAGAAUGCGGACCUCGAACGACGGAAUGAAGAGGUGGAGGGUGAAAACGGCCGUCUGUUGAGGAAUCUCCUUCAGUUGGAAGGAAAUUACUCACGGGAAACCUGUCUGUGUGAGGAUGGUCAGGAAGGAACCUCCCUAUUGGAGGAAAGGAUAAAGGAACUGGAGGAGGAGAAGAAAAACCUGAUAGAAAACGCUUCUAGAGUUGCGGAAGAUAAUGGACGCAAGGAACAGAACAGAGCAAUGCAUGAAGAAAUUAUAAUACUCAAGACAAGGGUGAUGGGGUUGGAGGAGCAGAAGGAAAAAGAGGGGAAGAUUUUGACAGGAGGAAUAUCACAAAUAAUUGAAGAGGAGCGAGAGGAAACACCAAAUAUGGACAGAUAUCAAAACGAGAAUAGAAUUCUAGAAGAAAAAUUCAAAGAACUUGAAAUGGAAAAAAAACACCUGGAAGAAAACAACGUUCGCUUGUCCGAGGAACACCGCCAAAAGGAACGAGAAAUCCUGGAAAUACUGGAACAAAUGGGGGGACUUCUGGAAAGAGUUACUGAGCAGGAGAGAAAGACCAAAAGACUUGAGGAGAACCAGACAUUGCUGGAAGAGGAGAACGAGAAAAGGAAACAAGAGUUAACGGCAGUGAGGAGAGAGAAGGAGAUCCUCAUGGACAAAGCCAGAGCCCUUGAGGAUAAGUCACUGGCGCUGGAACUCAUGAACAUCCAGCUAGCUCAAGAACACAGGGAAAAGGCAGACAACACCACGAUCCAGGUGGAAAGACGACACCUGGAAGCACAUCUGAGGGAGCUUGAGCAGGAGAAUGUGCAACUGAAACAGAAUAUCACACGCUUGGAAGAAGAAAGCCAGGAAAAGGAGAGCCAGAGCAGACAACUCCAGGAGGAAAAGGAACACCUUGAGGAAAAAGUCAUGGAACUGGAAGAGGAAAGAUGGAGAGUGGAACACUCAAGCACUCAGCUUAUUCAUGCGAAUGAGAGGAACAGACAACUCUUCGAAGAGAAAAAGGCCCUAGAGGAAAAAGUGGAGAAAUUAGUGCAAGCAGAAAGAGACAGAUGGAAGAACAGAGUAGAGGAACAAAACGACGAACAAGAAAAAGAGGAACGUGAACUAUUAGAAGCAAAGGCUGCAAAACUGGCAAAAGAUAUGAGGCAACUGGAAAUCAACAGGACACUCCUGGAAGAAGAGCUAAAACAGACGAAACAAGAAGAAAGGGAAAUACUACAAGAGAAAAGGUUACUGGAGAUGAAGGUAAGAUCAUUAGAAGAAGAGAAAUGGAAUCUGCAAGAAAACAAUACCUGGUUAUUAAUAGAGAAGGGACACAAGGACCAAGAGAGGAAACAACUACAGGAGGAAAGGAAUUCAUUUGAGAGGAAAUAUCAGGAAACAGAGAGGCGAAAAAAACGACUUGAGGAAGACAACCAACGACUGAUGGAGGAGAAGGAGGAGAGAGACGAGGAGAACAACGAACUUCAGGAGGAGAACAAGGCGCUAGUGGCCAAGGUUCUAGAACUGGAGGAGGAAAAAUGGCAGCUGGAACAGGCAAACACGUGGCUGAUGGAUAACAACAAAGGGAUGGAAAAAGAGAAGAAGAAGAUUGAAGAAGAGAGAAGAAACUUAGAGAAGGAAAAGAGAAAACUCGAAGAAAACUCUCAGCAGGUUGAACUCAUCUACCAUCAGUGUCAACGUAACUUGACCAAAUUUUUAAGACGAGCAGCUGACUGUGCUGAACUAUACUGCCUCGGUACUAGAGAAGACGGUGUGUAUACUAUAUACCUGCCUAGGGGUGAGGAAGAGUUUGAGGAAGUGCCAGUGUGGUGUGACAUGACUACUGAUGGAGGGGGAUGGACUGUGUUCCUGGCGAGACACGAGCAAACUAAGCAGGAGAACUUUGCCAGGAGCUGGCAGGAUUAUAUGACAGGCUUCGGUAACGCGUCCUCGGAAUACUGGCUUGGUAACGAAAUAGUUCACAAUCUCACCACCAGGAAGCCACACUCACUUCGACUAGAAGUGAGGAAUUACCAGGGGGAGCAGCGAUGGGCCAUGUGGAACACCUUCAGCAUCGCCUCAGAGCAGGAUCAGUACAAGCUGGAGAUGGAAGGCUACGACAACACCAGCAGCCUGGGAGACUCAAUGACAGGAGAACAUUCUCUCCAGAACACGAAGUUCUCCACCCUCGACAGAGACAAUGACAACCUCACCUACGGUUCGUGUGUGGAUUUCUUCUCGGGUGGAGGUGGCUGGUGGUACAAUUAUUGUUCCCACCUCAAGCCCACGGCUCCCCUAGCUGCUGCUGGUCGCAGUGACACCCUCAUGACAGCCUACUGGACGCCAGGUGUCCUCACCUGGGUCAGGCUCAACUGGAUUCGCAUGAAAAUCAGGCCCAGAGAUUUCCCAGACUGUGAGAAUUGAUGCGUUGAAUUGUUUCACGGUUGAUCUAGGGUACUAGUUAAUUUGGAGUACUAGUUCUAGUACUGAAGACGUCCUAGAUUGAUAAUCUGAGUUAAUGAGAUGAAAAGGCCUAGAUUAAUCAACGAGUUAAUGGGACAAAGAAGUCCUAGGUAAAUGUAUGAUGUCCUGGGUAAAUCUGCAUAAAACUUUAGAAAGAACAGACCUAAUGUUUAUAGAAGAUACAAGCUAAGAUACAGGCUAAGAUAAAAGCUAAGAUACAGGCUAAGAUACAAGCUAAGAUACAAGCUAAGAUACAAGAUAAGAUACAAGAUAAGAUACAAGAUAAGAUACAAGAUAAGAUACAGGAUAAGAUACAAGAUACAAGCUAAGAUACAGGCUAGGAUACAAGCUAAGAUACAAUAUACAAGCUAAGAUACAGGCUAAGAUACAAGCUAAGAUACAACAUACAGGCUAAGAUACAGGCUAAGAUACAAGCUAAGAUACAAGAUACAAGCUAAGAUACAGGCUAGGAUACAAGCUAAGAUACAAGAUACAGGCUGAGAUACAAGCUAAGAUACAAGAUGAGAUACAGGAUACAAGCUAAGAUACAGGCUAGGAUACAAGCUAGGAUACAAGCUAAGAUACAAGAUAAGAUACAAGAUAAAGCUAAGAUACAGGCUAGGAUACAAGCUAAGAUACAAGCUAAUGGGGUGAAUGGAUCCAGGCUUUACGUAGGAUAAGAGUUCAUGGGAUGACUUGUUGACUUGUGACUUAAUUUGUAUCAAUGAUUAUAAUCAUAACCAAGCGCUAAACCCGUAAGAUAACUUGUAUCAAGGAGGCUGGAGAAGUGGCAAAGGAGGGACCGGGAGAUGACAAAUUCACGUGGGAAUAAAUUUUGCAGAUGAUGCAUCAGUCUGUAAAUAAUAUACUUGGAACAGCAUCUUUCAUGCAACGUUAGUAUAAGGCGGGUGUAUGGCAGGGCGUAGCGUGAGUGUACUCACCUGUAUGGAAGCUGCAGGGGUCGAGUCAUAGCUCCUGGCUGUGUGUGUGUGUGUGUGUGUGUGUGUGUGUGUGUGUGUGUGUGUGUGUGUAUCUCUGUCUGUAUUCACCUAAUUUUUUGGUUGCAGGGGUCGAGUCAUAGCUCCUGGCUGUGUGUGUGUGAGUGUGUGUGUGU